CUGCUAUUGGCUGCUAGCUUGCUGUCAGUGUCAAAUUAUCGAUUUCCAAUUUAUUUCACGUCUGGAGAAACCUUUAACUUGGCACAUAAAGAAGAUCUAACCUAACACAAUGAAGAAAUAUAUGGCAGUAUGGGGUGCUCUGUUUUUCUGUGUUGUUUGUCUGUCCCUCUAUCUCAUGUUAGAAACACUGAACACAUCGCCAGGACGUUACACAGACAUUGAUGCAGAGUCACUAGCCCACUUCGAGCAGAAAGUCAGCGAUAUACAAGAAGAUAUUAAACGCAACCAGAUAGUAAUCGACCAGAUAAAAGCUGCUGUGAAAGACAUUCCCAAAGAUGAUAACCAGAAUAUAGAAAAACUCCAGGACCUAAUUGACAAACAGAAUGCCAAAUUAAAGUUCCAUAAGAACAAGGUCAUAGAGAUGCAACAGAAACCUAAACAGCCAGUAGACGUAGAGAAAUAUGUUCCUGCCACCCUGAAAGAAAUUCAGCUGCAGAAUCCUCCAGGCAAGAUCCCUGCCACUGGAGAGGAAGCCUUUGUUAGCCUCAGGAAGCCGGUUCCCGCUUCAAAAGAGAUGUGCAGCUGGGUUCAAACACCAAGCAAGAAACCAGACAUUCAGAUCGAGGAUGUAGUGAAAGAUCUUCCCUUUGACAACCCUGAUGGUGGAGCGUGGAAACAAGGCUGGAAUGUUACAUACCCGGCGGCCAAGUGGAACCAGGGAAAUAAACUGAGAGUUUUUGUUGUGCCCCACUCACACAAUGAUCCAGGCUGGGUGAAGACUUAUGACAAGUAUUACACGGAGCAGGUGCGGCACAUCCUGAACAACAUGCUGGAGAAGCUGGAACAACACCCUAAGAUGAAGUUCAUGUAUGCAGAGAUUUCUUUCUUCCAUAUCUGGUGGAACGAACUGGAUGAAUCCAAGAAAAACAGGGUCCGGAGACUGUUUGAGGAUGGUAGGCUAGAGAUUGUGACUGGAGGCUGGGUUAUGAAUGAUGAGGCUAACACCCACUAUUUUGCAAUGUUGGACCAGCUCCUAGAAGGACAUCAAUGGCUUGAUGGAACACUCGGUGUUAAGCCAUCCUCUGGCUGGGCAAUUGAUCCAUUCGGCCAUACACCGACUAUGGCGUACCUGCUUAGACGUUCAGGGUUCAACAGUAUGCUGAUUCAGCGAGUUCACUAUGCCUUAAAAAAACACCUGGCUAAAAAUAAACAGCUGGAGUUCAUGUGGAGACAAAACUGGGAUAAAGAGGGUAAUACAGACAUGCUGUGUCACAUGAUGCCCUUCUACUCAUACGACAUACCCCACACAUGCGGUCCCGAGCCAGCUGUCUGUUGUCAGUUUGACUUCCGACGUUUGCCUGGCAGUUCAUACUCCUGUCCAUGGCAUGCUGCACCAAAGCCUAUUACAGAUUCUAAUGUCGCUGAAAGGGCUCGACUGAUUAUUGACCAAUGGAAAAAGAAAGGCUCCCUGUAUAAAAGCAACUCCGUAUUUGCUCCUCUGGGUGAUGAUUUCAGGUAUGACAAGGCGGACGAAUGGGACCUUCAAUAUGUGAACUAUCAGAAGAUCUUUGACUACCUUCAACAACACCCUGAACUUGGUGUAGAGGCCCAGUUUGGAACUCUCUCAGACUACUUCAAAUCCAUCUAUGAAGAGUCAAAGGUGAAACCAGGAGAAAAGCCGACAGAUUUCCCCACCCUUGUCGGGGAUUUCUUCACCUACGCUGACAAAGACGACCAUUACUGGUCCGGCUAUUUCACUUCUAGACCUUUCCAGAAAAAUCUGGACAGAGUAAUGGAGAGUCAUUUGAGGGCUGCGGAAAUUAUUUUCUCCAUGGCAUUGACGGUAUCUAGGCAACAGAAGGCACUCAACAAUUUCCCAGCUACUGUUAUGAUGGACAGACUGAUUCAGGCGCGCAGGAACCUUGGGCUGUUCCAACACCACGAUGGAAUCACUGGAACAGCCAAGGACUUUGUGGUCGUGGAUUACGGAAACAGGCUUCUGAAGUCGCUGGAGGAUACGAAACAUGUGAUCAAGGACUGUGCCACAUAUCUGAGUCUCGCCGGCAAGGAAAACUUCCGGAUGGGUAGUAAUGAACAGCCGGCUUUGUUUGAUAUUGAUGAGACGAGAGAAGCACAUGAUGCCUUGCCCGUGCCCAAGGUCAUUGAUGUCGGAGAAGAAGGGGACGACUCAAGACUGGUUUUGCUUUACAACUCACUAGCCCACGAGAGAGACCAGGUUGUCAGCAUACAUGUGUCAUCGCCACAUGUCAUGGUUCAAGAUGAAAACAACAAGCCAGUGCUUGCCCAGGUUGCGCCUGUCUGGGAAAAAGAUGAUAUAAUAGCGGAGAAUGUGUACAAGGUCUCAUUUAGAGUAACCAUCCCUGGACUGGCAAUUAGCAAAUACAUGGUUAAACGUGUGGCAGAGACCUCAAACAGCAACACCAUUCCUGUAUCCAUCUUGGUUCUAAAUGUUCAGUCAGAUGCACCAAUUGAGCGGGCACCCUUUUCCAUACAGAAAACAGAGGCCCGAGACUUUACCCUGGAGAACCCUUACAUGAAGGCCACCUUUAGGGGAGCUAAUGGUUUAUUGAAUACGGUGGUAACAAAAGAAGAUGGGAGUAUUCGAAGCACAAAGCUGGACUUUGUCAUGUAUGGAACGAAGAACCACAAUGGUGAUCGCAGUGGGGCAUAUCUCUUCCUGCCUGAUGGAAGCUCUAGGCCCCUCCCAGACCAUACUCCUCCAGUUAUUCAUGUGGUCAAAGGCCCAGUUGUGUCGGAAGUCCAGGUGUACUUUAACCUCGUCACCCAUGUUGUCCGUCUGUAUAACUCCUCUGGUGUUGAUGGCAUAUCCUUAGAUAUACAGAACAUUGUGGACAUCCAGUCACAGAGAAAUAUGGAGGUAGCUGUCCGAAUUACAACAGAUGUAGAAAAUGCGGAGCGAGAAUUUUACACAGACCUGAAUGGCUUCCAUAUGCAAAAACAUCGCUACUACGACAAACUCACCCUGCAGGGCAAUUUUUACCCGAUGCCCACCAUGGCUUUCAUAGAGGACAGUAAACACAGAGUUACUGUUCUUUCUGCUAACUCACUGGGAUUCGCCAACACACAACCAGGUGUGAUGGAGGUGAUGCUGGAUCGAAGAUUGAACCAGGAUGAUAGCCGGGGACUGGGUCAAGGGGUCACUGAUAGUAAACAAACGCCCAGUAGAUUUAAACUGCUGUUUGAAACCAGGGCCAGUGGAGCGUAUAGCCCCACCAAUCCACUCGCAUUCCCCUCCCUUCUGGCACAUCACACAUCCCUACAGCUCAUACAUCCUGUAUUUACCAUUCCUGCAAAUACUGGGCACCAUUCUAAAUACCCACAAUUCUCAGCCUUCUCCCCAUUGGCUACUCAGCUGCCAUGUGACACUCACAUGGUCAACCUAAGGACCAAUCAGAAUGCAGAUGAUGGGAAAGAUAGACUGGUACCAAAACAUUCUGCUGCAUUGUUUCUACAUAGACUGGGUUAUGACUGCAACUUUGUAAACAAGGGUUUGGCCUGUAGUGAAGGCAGUGGAGAGGUUGUGUUAUCCAACAUGUUCAGGAAUAUGCAGAUCACAGUUGCUCAACAAGUGUCCUUGACCUUGAUGUAUCAUGAGGCGGACCUUGACACCACUGGGUCAAUCGAUCUUGACCCUAUGGAAAUAGGGUCGUAUGUUGUGACAUUACAAUAAGCUAAUCUUCUUCACACUUCUGGGUCAAUCCACCUUGACCCCACAGGAAUGGGUCAUAUGUUGUGACAUAACAAUAAGUCAGUGUGACAUUGCAACAAGAUGCCUAUUCGACCCUGCUGUUAUAUUGCUGUGACAUUGAUACAGUUGAAAUUGUAUUGUAAUUUGCGAAUUUGCAAUAGACACGUUUGAAGACUAAUGUUGGUUGGCAAUAAAUAUGCCAUACAGAUCCAGUAGGAAUAAGGAAUACACAUUGUGUCCCUUGAAGAAAAAAACAUUCCAAUUUUUAUUGUCAUUGAUACCAUGGUAAUUGUGUCUUAUAUGUUUGACCUUGUAACACAGAAUGGAAUACACUGAGUUCAACUGUGCACCUUGGUAAUUGGUUCAUAAAUUGUUACUAUGCAAUGUGUUGGUCAUAUAUAUAGCUUUUUUAUUUCUGAGGUCUGACCUAAUGUCACCUAAUAGUUAAAAAUGAACAUUGUAUGAUACAUUAUGACUUUGGGGUCAAAUGGGUCAUGUGCUAUUUAUGACCUUGACCUGUAAUUGCCUUUAAUAAAAUAAAUAUAUAAUUACUGAUAGAAUAUGAUCUUAACAGCUUAAAAACAUAAUAUUUUUCAAACCAUGCUAGGCUGUAAAGUGGUAAAAUAAGUGGAUGUAAUUAAAGUUGAGUGAGCUAUUUUUGGCCUUAACCUGUAAUUGGGGUCAGGUUUAUUUAUAUUAUUUAUUCCAUAUUUAUUAUAUGGAUAUUUGUUGAUUUUAUGUUGAUACAUAACACUGUGAUUUUUCUUGUUUUUUGGGAAUUUGAGUUUUUAAUAUUGUUUGACAUUUUUGUCGAAUAUUAACUUUUGACACAAUAAUAAAGUUUUAAAAUAUUAAUUUUAGUGGUUGCAUUUUAAAGAAUUUUAUUUAUUAAGAAUAUAUUCAACAUAUAAAAUGCUGAAAUGCAUGUUUUAAUAAUAGUUGUAUUUUAUUGGUUGUAUUUAUGAAAGCAUUUUGUAUUUUUAUGUGAAUAUUGCGCUCAAUUUGUUUUUUCUUUUAUGUGUUUGUUUUAAUACAGUUAAGUGUUGUUUUUCUGCGGUAGUGAAAUUUAGAAUAAGGGCUCUGAUUUGUGGUUUUUUUUCAACUUGUUUAAUACAUGUACUUGAAUUGUAAUUAAUUAUAUUAAUUAGUUAUCUAUUAAUUAAAUAAUAAAUACAUCUUUAGCUCAUUUAAAAAAAAAAUAAGGUGGCUUACUACUCCCCCAUUAUCGUCAGCGACUGGGCUAAGGUGUUAAAGCUAUAUGGCAUUUUCUCUUAUAACAUAAAUACCCUUCAUUCAGUUCACUCAAUACUUCGCACAGUUGUUCAGGACCAUCACACAAUGAGGUAACAUAACUCCAUAUUUUCCUAAAGACAAAUUAUGGCUUCUGCUUGAUUUAGAAACCUAGGUUCAAGUUUUAGGGCAAGUUGGGAGUUGUACUAAUAGAAGCUUAGGUUAAAGUUUUGGGGCACAUUGUGUCAGGUUAAAGUUUUGGGGCACAUUGUGUCAGGUUAAAGAUUUGGGGCACAUUGUGUCAGGUUAAAGUUUUGGGGCACAUUGUGUCAGGUUAAAGUUUGAGGGCAAGUUGGGAGUUGUACUAAUAACUUGAAUACCCUUGAUUCAAUUGACUUAAUACUUCACACAGUUAUUAACGACCAUCUUACAAUUAGGUUACAUGACUCCAUGUUAACCCUAAAUACAAAUUAUGGCUCUUGGUUGCCUUUUUUUCACUUCUCUACUUGUUUUUUUUUAGUGCUUUAGACAUUUUUAACCAGGUUUUCCCAAAUUAAAUGUUACAUCAUUAUUGUAAUCAUUUCUAAGACAAAGCAGCGCAUAGUUGGGUGUGCUGUCUUAUGACAGCUCUUGCUGAUAAUCAUUUCAUCUCAUUGACGGAUAAUAGGUUUAAAUCGCAUCUCUUCAAAAAUAGUUCUGCUUUCAAACAAAUUUAUUGUUUUUUUCAAUGGUUGCAAUUUAAUGCUCUUUACUGGACAUUUAAAAAGAUGCAGUAUUUAUUUUAUUUUAUGGAAUGUUUUGUUUCAAAUUUAUGAGGCUUAAAAAAACUUGUAAACAAGAGAUUAAACAUUUUAUAACAAUAAUACAUUUUAUUGAUUCAGUGAUAGAAAUACCUAAAAAUCUACAGGACUGUCCAUGCAUUUAGAUGAUAUCGUUCCGUUUAAUAUAUUUUUACAAUACCAAAAUAACAUUCGGUAAAAUAGUAUAUCAAAUAACGGUACUACAAAAAGAAAAAUGAACUGUAUAGUUUAAAGACUCAUAGUUUCAAAUCAGGUUCGAAUAUUGAAAAUAUAAAACAGUCCCAAAUUGGGCAUAUGCUGCUUUAUUUGUUUUCAAAUUUUCGAACAUAAACUCUAAAAUUCGCUCAGGGUCGUGUAGCCCUCAUAUUUAUAUAAUUCAUUAAUAUUUGCUCAUAGCUUUAUUGUAUUGUUUUCAGCAUUAUUUAUGGUAAUUUUUUUAUAUUCAAGACACAUGCUGCAUGUUAUUUUUUAUCAACUGUAUUUACUCACUUGGGUAUAUCUAGGUCAGAGCUUCUGCAAACCGAAAAUUUGCCAGUCUGGACCGAUAUUGACGGAGCCGGGCUGAUUUCAGGAACAGAAAAUGGAUAAAAAAUCAGUCUGAAAUUUGUUCAUUUAUUUUUCCUAUUUUCGAUCCAAAACUGUAAUUAAGUCAGUAAAAAUUGUAACACACAAACGUGGUUUGUCAUUCACACCCCAACAACAGUGACAAGGUCACAGCCAUCAGAUUACAGGUGUAUUGAUUUUCAUUAAUGUUCGGUUCAAAUAUUUAUUAUGUGCAUGUGUAUUUAUAUGAUUUGAAUUUCACUCAAUUAUUAAGUGUAUUUAAUUAAAUUGGAGGAAUAUAUAAAUAUGUGCUAAGAUGUUCAUAGACGGAUUGUUAUGGUUACUCUUGUGUAUCUAUAUUUUGAUUUUGAGAGUAAAUUAAUUUCUCGGGACUGUGUGAUUAAUUUCAUGGGAAUAUGUGAUUUAAAACAGGAAGGGAAAUUCACAUUUAUAUUUCAAUAAUUGACUUUUCACUUCCUGAACACAAAACUUAAGGUUUGCUUGUUUUUCUAUAUAAAUAUUAUAAACAAGUGUGAAACUGCAGUAAACAUUUCUUGUUGUGAAGUCCUUGAUUAUAAUCUUAAUAUUAAGAAUGCUUACUAGUAUUAUAAACAGGUUUUUUUAUUGAAGAAGAGCAUUUACAUGUAUAAAAAUUUAGUACCUAGUGAGUUAAAUACAGAUUAAACAAAUCCAGCAGAACAGGCCCCAUUUUCUCGAAACUUAUUAAGCUUAACAGACUUAAGUCGCUUAUUUCAAUUAGUCAAAAUAUAUACUUAUAUUGAAUUUUGAUAAAUGAAAAACGGUGUAUUGUAAAUAUCAUCAAGAUAAUUGCUAUCUAAAGUAUAAAAACUCUUAAAGAAGUUAAUAUUACGCAACUUUAUGAAAACCAAAAGUAAUGAGAUUAGCUUAAUCCUGUUAUAAGGGACUUAAGAAGUUUCCAGAAUUAGGGGCCAGGACUUUAAAACAAACAUUGGAAAGGCUUUGUUCUAAGAAUACAUUUUGACUAACAUAAAGUUGUCCUCAAAUGUCUCUUCAUAAACUCUAAAUAGUAUCUUACUUAUUUUAGAUUCUUAGAUUUUAUGCCAUGUUUUGUACAUGAACAUUCACUUACUUAACUCUCCCACAC